GGAAAGGAGCAAUCCUGAGGUUUCCUGCAGAAGCACCUUUGUUUUGUGGUGAUUCUGAAACUGCUGUUGUCAUUCCAACUCAGAAUCAUAUGUCAUUUGAAGAUAUAGCCAUAUUUUUUUCUGAAGAGGAGUGGGAUCUGCUGAAUCCUGACCAGAAAUUGCUGUACAGGGAGAUCACAUUGGAAAAUGCAAGGAACAUGACCUCCAUAGGUGAAAGGUGGGAGGAUGACGACUCCAAGGAGGAGAUGAUAGAGCACUUGCCAUCAGUAAAAAAUGAAAUUGGAGAAAGGAUGUUCCAAUGUCAAUGGGGAGUCCAAAGUCCUGAGGAAAAGCAGCUAAACGGAGAGCCAGAGAUAGCCCUCGCUUUUCAUUGUGCAGAUAACAAUGCGCUUCUGGCCGAAAAAAAUCACCAAGAAACCAGAAUGUGUCCAGGGUGUGGAAAAAUAUUGAAGGAGGAAUCAGGAUUAUGUGGAUAUUGCAGAAGCCACCCUGUCGAGACACAACACGUAACUUGGGAAUGGCUCUUUCCUCUUACUUUAAAUCAAAAUAUAUCGCUCGAGGAGAAAUUAUAUAAACCUGUGGAAUGUGGAGAGAGCUUCAGCGAGAGUAGCCAUCUCAGUGACCAUCAAAAGAGUCAUCUCCAGGAGAAUCCAUAUCAAGGCAUGGAUUGUGGGACGAGCUUCCAUCAGAAAAGUUACCUUAUGACCCAUGAAAGGAUCCAUCGAGGAGAGAAAUCACAUCCAUGCUUGGAGUGUGGAAAGAGCUUCAUUAAGAGAAGUUCUCUGACUUCCCACAUGAGAAUCCACAGCGGGGAGAAACCCUACCAAUGUGCUGAGUGUGGAAAAUGCUUCUCUCAGAGAAGCAACCUUACUUCACAUAAGAGGAUCCACACAGGGGAGAAACCGUAUCAGUGCCUGGAGUGCGAGAAGUGCUUCAUCGACAUAAGUCACCUCACUACCCAUAAAAGAGUCCAUACUGGAGAGAAGCCGUAUAAAUGUCUGGAGUGUGGGAAGAGUUUUAGUGUGAGCUGUUCCCUGACAUCCCAUAUGAGGAUGCACCGAGGAGAGAAACCGUAUCAAUGCAUGGAGUGUGGGAAGAGCUUUAUUAAGAAAAGUUCUCUGACUUCCCACACAAGAAUCCACAGUGGGGAGAAACCCUACCAAUGUGUGGAGUGUGGGAAGUGCUUCUCUCAGAGAAGCAACCUUACCUCCCAUAAGAGGAUCCACACAGGGGAGAAACCGUAUCAGUGCCUGGAGUGCGGGAAGCGCUUCAACGAUUUAAGUCAUCUCACUUCACAUAAAAGGAUCCACACCGGAGAGAAGCCAUAUAAAUGUCUGGAGUGUGGGAAGAGUUUUAGUGUGAGCUGUUCCCUGACAUCCCAUAUGAGGAUGCACCGAGGAGAGAAACCCCAUGAAUGCAUGGAGUGUGGAAAGAGCUUCAGUCAGAGCAGUUACCUGAGUUCCCACAUGAGACUCCAUAGCGGGGAGAAACCCUAUCAAUGUGCGGAAUGUGGGAAGUGUUUCUAUCGCAAAAGUCGCCUUACUUUCCAUAAAAGGCUCCACACAGGGGAGAAACCGUAUCAGUGCCUGGAAUGCGGAAAAAGCUUCAGUGAUGCAAGUUACCUCAAUUCUCAUAAAAGGAUCCACACUGGAGAAAAGCCAUAUCAAUGUCUGGAGUGUGGGAAGAGUUUUAGCGUAAGCUGUUCCCUUACAUCCCAUAAAAGGAUCCACACGGGGGAGAAGCCAUACAAAUGUAUGGAAUGUGGAAAGAGCUUCACUGUAAGCAGUUCCCUUAGUUCUCAUAAAAAGAUCCACACGGGGGAGAAACCGUACCACUGUGAGGAAUGUGGAAAGACCUUUAGAAAGAGUAGUUCUGUGACUUCCCACAAAAGGAUCCAUAGAGGAGAAAAACCUCAUACAUGUUUGGAGUGUGGAAAGAGCUUCAGUCAGAGGAGCAACCUUUAUCAACAUCAAAACAUACACACAGGAGAAAAACCUCAUAAAUGUCUGGAGUGUGGAAAGAGCUUCAGUCAGAGGAGCAACCUUUAUCAACAUCAAAACAUCCACACAGGAGAAAAACCUCAUAAAUGUCUGGAGUGUGGAAAGAGCUUCAGUCAGAGGAGCAACCUUUAUACACAUCAAAAGAUCCACACAGGACGGAAACCUCAUAAAUGCCUGGAAUGUGGAAAGUGCUUCAGUCGGAGGGACAGCCUUUAUAUACAUCAAAAGAUCCACACAGGAGAAAAACCUCAUACAUGCCUGGAGUGUGGAAAGAGCUUCAGACAGAAGGGCAACCUUUAUCAACAUCAAAUGAUCCACACCGGAGAAAAACCUCACAAAUGUCUGGAAUGUGGAAAGAGCUUCAGUAACAGGAACCAUCUUUAUACACAUGAGUGGAUCCACACAGGAGAAAAACUUCAUAAAUGUCUGGAGUGUGGAAAGAGCUUCAGUCAGAAGAGCAGCCUUUAUACACAUCAAAGGAUCCACUCAGGAGAGAAACCUCAUAAAUGUCUGGAGUGUGGAAAGAGCUUCAAUCGGAGGAGCAACCUUUAUCAACAUCAAAGGCGCCACACAGGAGAAAAACCUCAUAAAUUCCUGGAGUGUGGAAAGAAUCAAAUUAAAUAUUUUAUUUGGUCAAGUUGUCUUCGAAAGCAUCUAAAGGUCCAUUCAGGAGAAAAACCUCAUAAAUGUCUGGAGUGUGGAAAGAGCUUCAGUCAGAGGAGCCACCUUUAUAGACAUCAAAGGAUCCACACAGGAGAAAAACCUCAUAAAUGUCUGGAGUGUGGAAAGAGCUUCAGUCAGAGGAGCAGCCUUUAUAGACAUCAAAGGAUCCACACAGGAGAAAAACCUCAUAAAUGCCUGGAGUGUGGAAAGAACUUCAGUCAGAGGAGCAGCCUUUAUAGACAUCAAAGGAUCCACUGGAGAGAGAAACCGAAUAUAUGCCUGGAGGACGGAGGAUCCUUGGGAAGACUCUGGAUUUCCCAAAAGGAUCCAGGAGUGAGAAGAGAAAUAUCAGUGCCCGGAAUGUGAAAAAUCUUUCAAAACUAAUUGACAUCUUCAAAGGGAUCUAACAAUCCACACUGGAGAAAAACCUCACAAAUGCCUGGAGGGUGGAAAGAGCUUCAGUCAGAGGAUCCACCUUUAUACACAUCU